GUGGCUCUUCGAAGGAUGUACUAGCUUAGGAGUUAUGUUAUGACUUCCCCCGCCGUGCGGUAAUAGUGUAAUUCCUAUGACAUUACAAUCUUCAUUUUGGGGACCUUUUUUUAUUUCAUAGUUUUUUCUUGGAAGGCUCACAUUUGUACAUGUGGCAAACACUAUGGUUCUUGAAUCUACUCCCAAAGUGGUCAGUGUAGGGACAGACACAACUAAUGAAGAAAGAGAAAUAUAGUUGAGAGCAAUUAGGGAAGGAGAGGAUGGUUACGAGUUAUCCAUCACUUUGAUAUAUGUCUUUCUUUUUUUUGCAUGGAAAAGUGUGGCAAUCUUGAAUGCAUCAUAUUCAAUGCUCUCAACUACCCCAACUCUCUUAAUUAGCUAAGUCCAUUAUUCAUAAGUAGUAGUGGUGGCUCCUUAGCUAGCUAGCUACCUAUAUCAUUCACAUAUUCUCUUCUCUUUCUUCACUCACCACAAUACCAUUUGUAUAAAUAAAAAAAGCAAUAUAUAUAUAUACGCACACACUCAUUCAUAAUAUAUAUUUCAAAAUGAAAAGUAGUAAUAUGGGUGGAGGAAGCACUCCACUUCAAAAAAGAGAGAUGGAUGAUGAUAAUGAAGGAAGUAGUAGCAUGAGAACAGCUGAGACUAUGUUGCGUUUGCUGCCAAUGGGACUUUGUGUUGUGGCUCUUGUUAUCAUGCUCAAAAACUCACAAACUAAUGAGUAUGGUUCCCUUUCCUACUCUGACCUUGGAACCUUCAGGUACUUAGUGCAUGCAAAUGGAAUUUGUGCAGGCUAUUCUCUUUUAUCAGCAAUAGUAGCAGCUGUACCUCGUUCAAUAACCAUGUCUAGAGCCUGGACUUUCUUCCUCCUUGAUCAGAUACUGACAUAUGUAAUACUGGCUGCUGGAGCUGUAUCGACGGAGGUGGUGUAUCUAGCAUACAAAGGGGACACAGCAGUAACAUGGAGUGAAUCAUGUGGUUCAUUCAGAGGUUUUUGCCACAAAGCCACAGCAUCAGUGUCCAUUACUUUCAUAGUAAGCCUUUGCUAUGCAGGGCUUUCGCUCCUCUCGUCUUAUCGGCUUUUCAGCAAGUAUGAUGCACCAGUUGGAUCCUAUAACAACAAGGGGGGGAUUGAGAUUUCUAACUAUUGAGAUUUUGAGACUGAUCCAUGAUCAAGACAUCUGCAUAUCCCUCUUUAGUUUAGCUCAGUGAUGUUGCACUAGUUUUUGGUUUUUACCUGUUUCAUGUACACGCUUGAUAGUAAUAAAAUAGGUGAUUAGGUACAAUGAAGGAUGUUGCUUUGCUUUGUUUUUCUCCAUGAAAAGGGUGUUGUUUCUCUUGAA